UGACAGCUGUGAGGUACGUCCAGGACCCAACUUGAACAUGAUCGUAGGCGCUAAUGGAACAGGCAAAUCAAGCAUUGUUUGUGCCAUCUGCCUGGGGCUGGCUGGAAAACCUUCUUUUAUAGGGCGAGCUGAUAAAGUUGGUCUCUUUGUAAAGCGAGGAUGCUUGAAAGGUGUGGUAGAAGUUGAACUGUCCAAGACACCUACCAAUAUCAUUAUCACACGGGAGAUUCAGGUGGUGAACAACACGUCAACAUGGUUUAUCAACAGAAAGCCAUCAACUCUGAAAAUGGUAGAAGAGCAGAUUGCAGCCUUAAAUAUCCAAGUGGGCAAUUUGUGCCAGUUUCUUCCUCAGGACAAAGUUGGAGAAUUUGCAAAGCUGAGUAAGAUCGAGUUGCUUGAAGCCACUGAAAAAUCUAUUGGUCCUCCAGAAAUGUACCAGUUUCACUGUGAACUGAAAAACUUCAGAGAAAAAGAAAGAGAGCUGGAGAACUUGUGCAAAGAGAAGAGUAAUUCUUUGGAGAAAAUGAAACAGAGGAUUGAACGAUACAAACAAGAUGUUGAGCGAUACCAUGAACGCAAGCGUCAUUUAGACUUAAUUGAGAUGCUUGAGAGGAAAAGGCCUUGGGUGGAAUAUGAAAAUGUUCGUCAGCAGCAUGAGGAAGUGAAACAAAGCCGUGACCAGGCCAAGGAAGAAUUGAAGAAUCUGAAAGAAAUGCAGUCUCCAGUGACAAAAAAAAUCCAAGAAAUUGAAGAACAUUAUAAGAAUCUUGAUAUGAAAAUCAGAGACAAGUCAGGAUUAACAAUAUACAUUGGUUCUUCCCGUAGUUUAAGACAGAUGGAACAAGAUGCUAUCAACCUAGAAGAGGAAUCUCAACAAGCAAAUACGAAGAUCAAAGAAAUAAAUGUCCAAAAAGCAAGACUUGUUACAGAAUUAAUGCAUCUCAUAAAGAACUGCGUAUCGCUGAACAUCAUCAAAGCAGACCUGGUUCUUCAGAGCACUACAGUGGCUGCUGAGAAGAACAGAUUAGAAUUGGAGUAUAAAGCGGCAAGUGUACAACUGAGAGCUUCAGAGCAACGAUUUCGUGAACUGGAUGAUAGGAAGCGUAUUCUUAUAGAGAACUGCAAGGAAUUGCUGAAAAAAGCUCGACAGGUGUGCAAACUGAGUCCGGAUCAACAUCUUCCAAAAGAAUUUCAAACUGCUUUUCAGGCUCCGAACACGUUGGAGGAAAUUGAUGCUUUCCUGAAUGAGGAGAAAUCCAGGGCCUCCUGUUUCACAGGCCUGAAUGCUUCGGUUGUUGAAGAAUACAAUAAGCGGACACAAGAAAUACAACAGCUGAUGGAAGAACUAGAGGAAAAGAAAAAUGUGCUGGAUAACUAUAAACAAAAUAUUUCACAGGUCAAAGAGAGGUGGCUAAACCCCUUGAAAAAGCUGGUUGAGCAAAUCAAUGAGAAGUUCAGUAACUUUUUUAGUUCUAUGCAGUGCGCUGGUGAAGUUGAUCUUCAUGUAGAAAAUGAGGAGGAGUAUGACAAGUAUGGGAUUCGCAUUAGAGUCAAAUUCCGUAGUAGCACUGAGCUUCAUGAAUUGACUCCCUAUCAUCAGAGUGGAGGUGAGAAAAGUGUUUCAACUAUGUUGUACCUGAUGGCUCUACAGGAACUCAACAGAUGUCCUUUUAGGGUUGUAGAUGAAAUAAAUCAGGGAAUGGAUCCAGUCAAUGAGAGAAGAGUUUUUGAAAUGGUUGUGAAAACUGCUUGUAAAGAAAGCACAUCUCAGUACUUCUUUAUUACACCGAAGCUCCUGCAGAAUCUCACUUACAAUGACAAGAUGACAGUAUUGUUUGUCUACAAUGGACCUUUUAUGAUGGAAACAAACAAAUGGAACUUAAAGGCUUUCUGUAGGCGACGGCGGCGAGUUGGAAGGAUGGACGAACAGUGAUACAUACAUAUGUGUAUAGAUAUGUGUGUGUGUGUGUGUGUAUAUUGUAUGUAAUCUUUUUGUAGAUCCUUUUUGGAAUACUUGGCAUUCAAGACUUAAAGAUUGUAAAAGGUGAGAACCUGCAAAGAACUGAUGACUAACAGCUUGGUUCUUAGAACUUACAUGAAAGUAUAAAAGAUGUGAAAUGUAUGAUUUUUUUUUUUCCCAAAUCUUUUAUAAUGGGCUAUUUCUCCAAAGAAACUACUUUUUAUCAGCAGUUGUUUUAAAUAAAAAAGAUGUUGCUUGUAUUUUGCUUUUUUGUCAGUAAGGGCUCCUGCAAUGUAAGCAUGUAACAUGAGAAAUAUAGUUGUUAGUUUUUCUAGAUUACACUGGGUUGAUCCUAUGUCAAUUUUUUUUCCGAAAAUUGGAAUUUACUUUUGGUAAAAAGUGUCCUAAUUCAGUUAAGGGCUUAUUCCGAACUUUUCCUAUUGAAAUUGGA